AUAGAUUCUUGUUCGGUAUAUAUAUUGACUUCAGUCUACGACACAGCGACUACGCAAGAUGCCGCCCGCCAUUUUCUUCCCCCUCCUGUUUCUCCUGGCCUGCGCUGCCGAAGGCCGGGUCCUGCUGACCGGCUGUCUGUACUCGGACGGGCAGGUGUAUCCUCCCGGCGAGUUCAGCCCGGACAGGUGCACCAGCUGCACCUGCAUGGCGACGCAGGUGUCCGCCGGACGGUACAAGUACCGUCCCAAAUGUAUCAGCACCUGCAACCAUGAUGCAAGGGAUACACGGACCACCACUCCGACCACCACUUUCUGGACAACAACCACGCAACAACUUCCUUGCUGGGCCUACCUAAAGUUCACCUGUCCUGACCUGGACUGUCAGGGUCAUGGCUCCGUACCUCACGACUAUCACAACUGCAGGUGUGGCUACUGCAUCUGCCCAACCGAUCCAUCCUCGGGUACCACCAGCCGUCCGUGGUCCUGCCCUACCACGGUCUAUACCACGGUCCCCACCACCACUCCUACCACCACCACCGCCUUAACCACUCCUACCACCACGGUCCCCACCACCACGGUCCCCAUCACCACCAUCACCACCCGCCCUUGGGCAUGUUGGCUGCAAUCCUGGAGGUUCACCUGUCCCUACAACAAGCCCUGUGUAGACGCUACACCGGACGACUACUCCAACUGUAGUUGUGGACAUUGUCCAAACGGACCCAACUGCUACGCCUGGGACGGAUCCAUUAUACCUGCGGGGGAAGCUGUUGAGGUGGACGGUGCCACUUGCCAGUGUCCUGACCACAGCUCAUAUGCCAACUGUGACGUAGGCACCCUCACUGGCUGAGCGAUGGGUCCACACGUCACAUAUCUGAGGAUACAUUAAAAAGAGAAAGAUGUGACGAAAAA